AGUUUUCAGGAAUCAGUGAUGGACCUUCAGUUUCUGCAUUAACAAAUGGUUUUGACACUCCAGAAGAAAGGUAUCAGAAGCUUAAAAAGCAUUCCAUGGACUUUUUUCUAUUUCAGUUUGGCCUUUGCACUUUUAAGUAUGACUACACAGAUUCAAAGUAUAUAACGAAGUCAUUUAACUUCUAUGUUUUCCCGAAACCCUUCAAUAGAUCCUCACCAGAUGUCAAAUUUGUUUGUCAGAGCUCCAGCAUUGACUUUCCAGCAAGCCAGGGAUUUGAUUUUAAUAAAGUUUUUCGCAAUGGAAUUCCAUAUUUAAAUCAGGAAGAAGAAAGACAGUUAAGAGAGCAGUAUGAUGAAAAACGUUCACAGGCGAAUGGUGCAGGAGCUCUGUCCUACGUAUCUCCUAACACUUCAAAAUGUCCUGUCACGAUUCCUGAGGAUCAAAAGAAAUUUAUUGACCAAGUGGUAGAGAAAAUAGAAGAUUUAUUACAAAGUGAAGAAAACAAGAACUUGAAUUUAGAGCCAUGUACCGGGUUCCAAAGAAAACUAAUUUAUCAGACUUUGAGCUGGAAGUAUCCGAAAGGCAUUCAUGUUGAGACUUUAGAAACUGAAAAGGUAACCCCAAGAAUUACCUAGCGCUAACAUUAAACACAUUCAUU